AUGUGCAGAGUGCUUGUCAAGAUGUUCAUAAAGGCUUACCCUAACGAGAUUCUCAGAAACGAUUUUGUUGUUUCUGACCAUUACCUUUCGAAUUUCCGAGAGAGAUGCGACCUGACCACUCGUGAAGCACAUUGGCAUCGUCGGCCAAAAGACAUCGAAGAGAUGAAGACUCGUAUCGAAAGCUUUAAACAGACCAAAGCUCAACUUAUGGAACUCUUCAAGGAUGAAUUGUGGAGAAUCUGCAACGCAGAUGAAUCCUUUUACGGAUGUGGAAUCGCUCAUGGACUGACAUAUGCAAUAAAAGGCUCGGAAGGUGUUGACGUCCACAUGAAUCAUAACGAGAAGAAAGGAAUCACUAUUAUUGCCACAAUCCAGGCAGACGGCAGUAAACUUCCACUCACAUUUGUCUGCAAGGGUCUCACAGAUGCAUGCCAUAAGCAGAUUUACGACAACAGAGUCUUUUCCAAUGAGUUGAUUUUGCAUUCCGAAACAGGUUGGGCCACAAAGGAGAUAUUUCAAGAAUAUCUCAGAUGGCUUAGAAAGUAUUACAACGAUCGUUAUCGCGAGAAUCCAAGUUACAUUCAAAAUGAUAGAAUCUACUUGUUUCUUGAUACAUAUUCUAGCCACAGAAAUGCAGAAACAAAGAAGCUUGCUAAAGACUUGAACAUCACACUCGUCUUCAUUCCAGUUGGAUGCACCGAUCUGUGCCAACCUCUUGACAUGCAUGUCUUUGGCGCCUUAAAGAAUAUGGCAACGAGAACAUGGUGGACUUACUAUUCUAUCGACACUUCCCUCGAGUGCACGCUGAAGUUGGCA